CCCCCGGUCAAUUUCAGGGUCGGGCCUAGUCGAAAAAUGACUACCGAAGAAGAUCUGUCGGAGAGCCGCAUCGCAGACAUCGUUCGCGCUCUGGAGCUCAUCCACAAUCCGUCUUCCACCAAUGAGCUCCGCAGGGAGGCGUUGACGUUUGUUGAAUCGCAAAAGGAGAGCAAAUCCGCCGCGCGCAACGGCUUUGUGCUGGCAUCUCGGGAACAGAACGACCCCUUAGUCCGCUACUUUGGUCUGACGCUCUUGGACCAUGUCCUGCGGCACACCUCCUUCACGGCCUCAGCGCAGGUGAUCGAGCUGAGGGAGCUAGUCCUCAAGCUUGCAGAGUCCAUCCGACCUGAGGAUCCUGCAUAUCUCCGCAACAAGAUCCCGCAACUAUGGGCGGAGAUCGCGAAAAGGAGCUGGGGCUUGGACUGGGUUGAAAUGGACCAGGCGCUUGCCCAAUUCUGGGGAGCCAGCCUGGUGCACAAAGAGUUGGUUCUCUCCAUCCUAGAAACUCUCUCGGAGGACAUCUUCUACCGGGAAGAUACCGUUUCCUCAUUGCGAGGAACAGAUCUCAACCGAGCGCUGGUUGAGAUUUUUACGCCGCUGUCAGUUUUUGAAGAGGUCUAUCCGAAAAGGGAUAACCAUGUCGAGCUACGGUACGGCACUGACGGCUGGCUGCCGCGAAUCUGCGAGUUCCUUCAAUAUUGUAUUGAUAACCUUCAAAACUCAAAACAAGCGAAAGAUGCAGCGCUCAAAGCCCUUGCGACUCUGAAAUCCGUUCUGCUAUGGGCUAUUCCUAAAGCCAUUAUUUCCUCAAAUUGUGUCCCUGCUAUUGCUAGAGCUUUCACUUGCUCAGAUGAGCAAGUGUUAUUGGCUGCUGUCGAAGCCUUGCACUCUUUGUAUAGCAGAUCCAACAUGGAUAUGGAGAGUUUCCAACCUCUUGUACAUUUGAUGUACGAGACCGAGUGUUUAGAUAUUAUGCAGAAAUUAUACCAGUGGUCAAUUGUGGGGCCUGACGACAUGGACGAUACCCGAUAUAUGAUCUCGAAAAAGCUGUCCGAAAUGCUAUCGUACAUUGCAGGAUUCUUGGAGGAGAAGGGGUUUUCUCUAGAGAGCGCGCGUGGCGUGAACUUGCCAUUCUUCUUCCACCUGACAAUAAGUGUUAUUCAGCAUCAGAGCUUGAUGGUCUCGAUCCCCGUCCUCCACGUGUGGUCCAAACUGUUAGCUUCUGAAAGAAUAGGAAACACCGAUCUGGUUACUGGCUUGAUUCCUUCGCUACUAGAGAUCUGCACCCAGCGGCUGGUCCGAUGGGAGGCUUUACCAACGGAUUCGGAUGAUCCCACAGUAGCAUUUUUAACUGACGAUAUCGACACUAUCCCGGAGAGACAUGCCUUUGUAGGCAAUUAUCGCAGAUACUGCUCGUCAAUUAUUGAGACGAUCGUCCAGAAGCGCCCACAGGAAGCCAUCCCCCAUAUCUUGUCAGGCGUUGACACCAAUUUGAACAACCUCUACAAUGGAGUGGAGCCUUUCAGCGCAAAAUCGUUCUCAAAGAGCUCAAUUCCCCUGAUGCGCGCCGAUACACAGUUCGCCGUCGUAGAAGCAACUCUUAAGGGCUAUAACAAGUGGGUGGCCGCUCACGGAAAAAUGCCGCAGCAAGAUGAACAAAAACGAAGUGACCUGGAGGGUAUCUUGGAGAAAUGGGCUUUCUCGCUAAUGCAGCGGAGCUUCGAGGACCCGGUUCUCAAGCAGAGAGUCAUUAAACUUAUCGUUGAUAUCUCAUCAAAGGCUCUCGACAAGACUCCUAGCUUUGCGCUCAAAGCCCUCGAAUACAUUCUCAUGACCCGCCUGCCUGAUCAGCCCGAGUUUCCUGUUUACUCUGAGGCUGUGAAGGAACUGCAUGGCUUGUCCAGCCAUGAGCUCAGGCGCCUCGCAAUGCGCUAUUCAGAGUAUUUCGCCACAUUCUACGACGUACUUGAACCGAAAGUCAAGGAGAUCAGCUUCGCCAACCGAGUGGAUGACAAACUCCAAAUGGAACUUACCUCCAUUCUUCUCAUAAUCAUGCAACGCGCGAAUAACGUGGAACCGUAUCUACGCCAAUCCCGUUUGGCAUCAUUUAUCGAGCCCAUAAGGCAGGCUUGGCAAGAUGAGGAGUUCAGGCAGAUGAGCUCCUCUUUCGAAGGAUUCUGCUCCAUGCUUGGACUACAGAGCGUCGGACCGUUCAUGCAAGCUCAACAAGCCCAGAAGCUGGAGGACUGGGCGUCCGUGCCUCUUGACAGCGAGGGUAAGCGAAUUCAGGAAGAGAUGACUCGAAAGUUCCAGCAAUUGCCUUUGAGAGGCACAAAGACGAUGUUUGCUGUCUCUACAGAUAAGCUCAAAAAGAGUGAGCCAGCGUAUGAGCUUGCGUGCAGUGUCUGGCAUGAGACGAUUCCAAUUAUAUUGCCGACAUUGCUAGAGCUUGUUAGUAAUGCACAUGCCUUCCACAAUCCGGCCAACUGGGGCGGUCUGCCCGGUGAGAUGCGGACAGUUGUUGAGCGCAUCUUAACCGACAGAUUCUGGCAAGCAGGCAUAUCUACUGGUAGUCGGGAUGAGUUCUACGCUAAAAUCACCGCUUCACGGGCAUCGCUUGAAGGCUUUGCGUCCUCAGUCAGAGGUAAGAUCAGAGCAGUUAGAGAAUCUUGCUACUCGAUGCUCUACAGUAUGAGCAGACUACGUGAGCACUUCUAUGGGUUUGCGGAACUUCCAGGGCCUUUGUCUCAAGCUCUAUUCAAGGACUCAUCCUGCCUUUCUUCACAUCAGUUCUCUGUGCUCCUCAACAUUGCGAGAUGCUUAAUUGACGAUUGCCCCGUUCGCUUCCGUGGUCACUUCUUGCCUCCGAUGCUCUCAACCUUGUUCACCAACAUCGAUAAAAAGGUUACAUCGGAAUGGGCUAUGAUCGAACAACAGAGAGAAGGUCUUGCGGACGCAGAUCUGACUGAUGAGAUGAAAUCCGAAAGUAUCCUUCGACAAUUGACGUACUCUGCGGUGAUCAUGGUGGCGAGCCUUCUGGAUCCGCAGAGAGGGGACCCUGACGAGGAACCUGUGGACCCAAGCGCAGCACAUCCCCAACCUGCGCUCUCUGACUCCAUACGCCAUUUCGUCCUCUCCUCGCCGGAGAUCUUUGAGCCUUUGAUGCUUUUCUGCACCCAUGCGCUUCGUAUGCGUGAUACCCGAUGCUGCAGCAUCAUUACACGCGUUAUCCGAUCCAUCCUACAGGACUUCGCCCCUCCCAAUAACUCUCCAACAACAGUCCAAAUCCGUGAAUUCAUAUGCUCCGAGGUGCUUAAAGCAUGCAUUACGUCCGUGCAUGAGCCCUAUUUUGUCGACAUGCAAAAGGAUCUUGCCCAGCUUAUCUCCUCAAUUUGGGUACUCUAUGGAUCGAGCACGCCUACACCGCGCUCUGUGAUCCUCAGCCUGCCUGGCAUGGAUGAGCAGAGGGUAGCAAUGACUGAAGCGUCCCUAGUUAGAUCUACCGCCGCGCGCCAACAGCGAGCUCUCAUUCUGGAUCUUUUGGAAGGUCUCAGGGGCGUCAGCAUCGCCGAGCAAGGAAAGAUCCUGGCUCGCGAGAGGAACGCCGCAAGGCCCGCAGCGCCUUACAGGAAAGAUACAUGA